GUCGAGGUUUGACAAUGGACGAGAAUGGAUCUCUCUAUGUCACUGACUUUGGAAAACAUGAAGUGAGACGAUAUCGAAGAGGAGAAUCUCAAGGAACAGUGGUUGCAGGUGGUAAUGGAAGUGGAAAUCGUCUCGAUCAACUCUCUGGCCCACGAUACGUAUUCGUCGAUCGAGAUCAUUCAGUGUACGUGUCUGAUUGUGGAAGUGAUCGUGUGAUGAAAUGGGUGAAAGGUGCAAAACAAGGCAUUGCCGUGGCUGGUGGUCAAGGACAAGGAAAUGGUCUUACACAAUUGUAUUGUCCUCAAGGAGUCGUUGUCGAUCAAUUGGGCACUGUCUAUGUGACUGAUCAAGGGAAUGCUUGA